GCGAGGGCACCACCGGUCAGAGUCACACAGGGAGAGAGAGCGUUCGAACUUCGAACCACCCCGCAAUGGCGUCGCCGACGGCGACGUGGUCGGUCACCGCGUGCCUUACUUACCGCGGCGGGCUGGAGAUCCGCGCCGCCGCAGAGAACAUUCUCCCCGGCUGGGGCCACGGCGGCGAGCGCCUCUCCUUCCUCCUCCGCCUCCGCCGCCGCCUCCGCCUCGCCGUCACCUCCCAGUGCGGCCGUGCGCCCGCGCCCGCGCCCGCAGAUCCCGACAAGAAGCCGCGCGGCCUCAAGCUCCUCCGCUCCCUGCGGACCGGGCUCCCCUGCAUUUGGCGCCGCAAGAAGCCGCCGCGCGCCGCCGCGGUGGCCAAGCCGGGUUCUCGCUCUCAGGCGAUCCCCUCUCUGCUGAAGGAUCGAGCUUUGAUGCGGCCGGCGACGACGGUGGCGCUGUGCUCCGUCGCCGCGCUCGCCGUCGCCGCGGCUUCCGUCGCGGCGCUUCGCCUCGUGGCCGGGUUCUUGAUACCGAGCGCGAGAUGCGGAUCAUGGAGAUGCUUCUUGGCGAAGAAAUUCGUCAGGUUCUUGGGGCCUCCUCUCUUCGAGUGGAUCUCCAAGAUUAGCCUGAAAUUUGUGGAUCCUCCAGCUCUCGGCGAGUGGCUCGGGCUCCCGAAGCUUGGACUCAAGUGGCUCUUCAACAAGUAGGAAAUGUGUUUACUGAGAUUGUUUAGCACAGAGCAAAUGACAGCGGGUGAGCUAGGUCUAGUUUGAUUUAUGAUUAUGAAUUACAGAUGAUUGCAGAGCUAGGUAUAGUUCUGGCUGAAGAACAACACAAAUAGAAGUAUUCAGGUACAGGGUCUCAUUAGACUCUUCAGUGUGACCUGAAUGUGUGCAUUGUAAUGCUUAUUCAUUGGGAGAGCAAAUAUCCACAAUGUCUUGCGCGA